GGGGGCAACCCCAACUCACCCUCCAUCUGAUGGCAGCAUCAGGCAGUCCCGUGAAACAUUUGCGUGGGAGUUCCCUCCACCGCCAUAUCGGGAUGGUGCGCAUCGCUCUCUUUCUUCCUCUCUCCCUCCCUCUUUCUCUCUCUCUCGCUUUCUCCACACAUCCUCCCCCACAUUAUAACAGCUUAGCGCGGCAGUAGUAGGUCCUGCAGCAUCCAGCAGCCAGCAUCCCUCUGUCCCUGCGUGGGGAGCAGCAGUCCUACCCGGCGCGACACCGUGUGAGUGAUGCCACAGCAUCAUCCGCAUUUCGACGCGAAAUAAUCGAGAGUAAAAUCCCGCAAAGGAGAGCUCGGGGUGAAGGGAAAUUUUGCUUCAGCCUCGAAGACGGCAACUGCCCAUGAAGAUGUCUAACGCUGACACCGUCUUAAACCCCACCGAUCGGGUGGUAAAAUCUGUCCCCUUCCCCUUGAGCCACCGCCUUACAAUGAAGGAAGUGUUCGACUGUGAAGGCAAACCUCGCGUAGAUCUGCUGAAGGCUCACCUGACCAAGGAGGGCCGUGUGGAGGAAGCUGUCGCGCUUCGAAUCAUCAAUGAGGGAGCAGCCAUCCUCCGUCAGGAGAAAACUAUUCUCGACAUUGAGGCACCAGUCACAGUCUGUGGGGACAUCCACGGUCAAUUCUUUGAUCUUAUGAAGUUGUUUGAAGUGGGAGGAUCGCCAGCCACAACACGAUACCUGUUCCUCGGGGACUAUGUUGACCGUGGCUACUUCAGUAUUGAGUGUGUUUUAUACCUUUGGUCGCUGAAAAUCCUCUAUCCAAAGACACUAUUUUUACUUCGUGGAAAUCAUGAAUGUAGACAUUUGACAGAAUAUUUCACCUUCAAACAAGAAUGUAAAAUCAAGUACUCAGAGCAGGUGUAUGACUCAUGUAUGGAUGCAUUUGACUGCCUUCCUUUGGCUGCACUCAUGAACCAGCAGUUUUUGUGUGUCCAUGGAGGACUCUCACCGGAAAUACACACCUUAGAUGACAUUAAAAAGUUGGAUCGGUUCAAAGAGCCGCCAGCGUUUGGGCCCAUGUGUGACCUGCUCUGGUCUGAUCCUCUGGAAGACUUUGGAAAUGAGAAAACCCAGGAAUACUUCAGCCACAACACAGUGCGAGGUUGCUCCUACUUCUACAGUUAUCCAGCUGUAUGUGAGUUCCUACAGAGCAAUAACCUAUUAUCAAUUAUCCGAGCACAUGAAGCACAAGAUGCUGGUUACCGGAUGUACCGUAAAAGUCAGACAACUGGAUUCCCAUCCCUCAUAACCAUCUUCUCUGCGCCAAAUUACCUGGAUGUUUACAACAAUAAAGCUGCUGUACUGAAAUAUGAAAAUAACGUCAUGAACAUUCGACAGUUCAACUGCUCGCCACACCCCUACUGGCUGCCCAACUUCAUGGACGUCUUUACUUGGUCCCUGCCAUUUGUUGGAGAAAAAGUCACUGAAAUGUUGGUGAAUGUGUUAAGCAUCUGCUCUGAUGAUGAACUCAUGAAUGAUGAAGAUGAGAUAUUUGAUGCCAAUGCAGCCGCGGCUCGCAAAGAGGUGAUCAGAAACAAGAUCCGUGCUAUUGGAAAAAUGGCCAAAAUGUUCUCAGUUCUCAGAGAGGAGAGUGAAAAUGUGUUGACGCUUAAGGGCCUGACGCCCACUGGCAUGUUGCCAAGUGGGGUUCUCUCUGGAGGCAGACAGACACUGCAGAGUGCCACCAUUGAAGCCAUUGAAGCCAUCGAGACGCAUGAUGAGGACAGAGAAGCUAUUCGUGGGUUCUCCCCCCAGCACAAGAUCACCAGCUUCGAGGAGGCUAAGGGCUUAGACCGCAUCAAUGAGCGCAUGCCACCUCGCAAGGAUGGGGUGAACCACGUGGGGCACUCCAUGGGCAAGAUGAAUAUGUCGGAGGCAAACGGCACAGAAGACAACAGCAACAUCCAGUAAUGUGUUCUCUGAGCCACGGAAACUGUGCCGCUGUUACAGUCAUGCAGGAAGACUUUGCUUAAUGGGAAAUUCAGGCCUCAGAACACAGAAAUCUAACAGGCCUACCGCUCGAACAUGAAACCUGCAGCAAAUCUAAACACUGGGCGAAAAGGUCAUUUAUUUCAUGACGGCAUGUCAUUGCACUGUUAGGGGGCGGGGGGAGCUGGGGUUCACAGCAAAGGGGCAGGGAUACAGAGAGACCCACAAGCUGCAGCAAAGAAGUGCUUUUGGAAGUUGUGUCCGACUGUAGUUCCCUUUCUCAAUUCGAUUACAGACUGAAUUGUUGGGAGUUAUUUUGCUGCAAGUGCUGACACACGUGUGCUCCUUCAUUGCAGGGCCUGACAGAAGACAUGAGUGCAGUAUCCAUAUCACAUAAUGUUUUAUAAAGUAUUUAUUAUGAAUCACUCACAAAUGCGCAUCAAAAGGAGAAUUAUCUACUUUAUCUUAUUGUUUUUGCUAGUAUUAGGUCACGUCACUUUGGGAGGGACAACACAGAAAGGAAAAAGAGACGCAAAUAUGUAAAUGUAUGUACCUCUUUGAACGCUGCAGCAUGCCAUCUUAUGGGUGAACUUAAAUUUAUUGAUUUACCUUGUUGUAAGAUGCUGCCAACCUGCAGAGAAAAAAAGAAGACGGGGUUCUCAUGUCACGGACAAAUCCACUGCAGACCCAGAUCCACCUUGGAUAUGUCUUAGUAACCUCCGGCAUUGCCUCGUUCCUUCUCUCCUCGACAUCUGCCAUCUUACAGGAUCACAGAACCUGGAGGAAAAGAAGAGAUGAUUUAGAAGACGCAGUCCCACUGUUUGCUGAUGCUACCUCAGCACCCCAGAUUAAACACAGAGAUUUGACUUCAAAAUAUAUCCUUUACUCCUUUUAAUCUCAGUCUUAUGGUUAUUCACUCCUCUUCCAAAAGAGCAUUUUACAUAGGCAUGAGCUGGUUUGAGCUUCUCACACUAUUCACACAAAGAUUUUAAGCAAUAUUGCAUAAUUUAAUCACACUACCCUAAUUUAAAAACUGAAAAAAUAAAAUUGAAUUUAAUUGGUUUAUUUGGCAGGGACACUAAUCUAAAUGUAUCAGAGUUAUCUGAAAGGUUAUUUUUAUUUGUAGUCCUGGUAAGACAGCAAAUGCAACAAAUAUCCCUACUGCUGCUGAAAUAAUAAAUUGUUUAAUAUUUUUUUUAUCACUUUUUUGCUAUAUUUACUUUGAUUCUUAGAUGUAACAGUCUACUUUGUAAGUGCUUAUUGCACAGAAUUAUGUUUUUGAGUAACAGAAGUAUAAAAAGUAAAUGUUAGCUGAUUAGUUAGUAAUGCUGCAGCCUCCUGCUUUACAGUAUGUUGUUAGCAGUGAGAAAACCAUGGUUUUUACUAAAUAUUCCCAAAUUGCCCAACUUGAUAUGUUGUAUACAAAAUGUAGAACCUCUUUCAACCAGCCCAUGAAUGGCGGCUGCAGCAGAUGGGGAUGAGCAGCUUUGAUUACGCUAUUCCCUGAAGAGCCAGAGAAAAGUCUUGCCACUAUGGCACUUUUCCUUCUAUUAAUCUCACUUUAAACUAUCCCACCAGUGUGAUGGAAAAGGUAAUCAGUUUUAAAGUCAUCAUAUUUUGGAUGCAUGACGUAAUUUAAUAGACAUAACCAGCCCAUGCCUAAUUUCACAUCAGAACAGCUUCAUGUUAAAAACCAACUUCACCUUACAAAUUCUUAUAAAAAUCAUAGUUUUUUUCAGGAUAUUAAAGCUUCAUCUCUGCCUAACAAUAACCUUUCUUCCCUUCGGCAUUAACGCAGCUUUCAGAGGAAACAAAAAGUCACGUUGAAUGUUGAAACAUACCUUGGUGUCAAGAUAUUAAUGAACUGCUAUUUCUUUCCUGCUUCUUGCUAAAGAAAUAGCAAUAAUACAAACAGUGACUUCAGUGUCCUGCGAAUUUUUGCAUCUUUUGCUUUUCCAAAACAUUUUUGGAUUUUAUGCUUGCAAAAUGUGACAAGGAAGGAAAUUCUAGACAUAGGUAUUGUUAUGUUUCACUUAAUCAUAAACAGCAUCCGUACUGGUGUUCUUUGGAUUUCACAGCCUUUGAUUAAUCAUAAUGGGAUGAGGGCAAUGGCCACGCUAACAAACUACAGUUGCUUUGGAAAAUCUUUAACCCAGCACUGAUUUAUUCAUGCUCAGGCCCUUCUUUGAAAUGUAGAUUCUGUGGUUGCCGACAUUUUCGACACUUUCUGACCUGGUGUAAAUAUUACAGUAGUUUGUUUGGAAUCCCAUAGCCUGUGUAGACUCAGAUUUUUUCUUUUUCAAAAAUAGAGAAAAAAUGAGAAAAGAUAAUUUUAAAACUAUAUAUCUGAAGUAGUCUAGCAGGACUUUAAAGCAUAGGUUUUUAGCAGAAUGCCCUUUCAUUUUGCAAAGAUGUAUCAUUGAACGAAUAUAGCUAAUCUGUAAUACUUUCUUUAUGAAAAAAGUAUACAACAAGCCAACAUUGAAAAUUGAAUUCUUGUUUUCAACUAUUUGAUCAAACUUUUGGUGGGGGUUCUGAAUAUUUUUUUCAUUUGUUUUUACUCUAGAACAUGAUCAAAACUGGAUGAUUUGAUAUUAAAUAAAAGCUAAAGUCUCACUGUGAGCUAAAUGCAAUUAGUCACUAUCCCCAAACAGUGUGUGAGUCUUUCACAGUCUGGAGUACCUCUAGAGUAGAAAACAUCCUGAGUAAAAUAUCUAAGUCGGAAUGAUAAACAUCUUUGAUACCCACCUCGCAACAAAUUUCUUGAAUUUUUUGUCAUUCAUUAAUGUUUUCCUGGUUUGGAUGCCAUUUUUCUUUUCAGUGAUAAAGGUGUGUGAAGUAAAGAUGGACAAAAAGUGACUUAACACAGCAUCUAUGGUAUGGAACGCAUCAAUGCAUGCAGUUAAGUUCCUAGUUGUUAUGUGAGAUUAUAAUUGUGAUAGAUAGUUGUGUUUCAAAUAGUAAACUUGAAUUCAUUUAUUUUUGGAUUAUAUUUGUAGUAUUGUCUUGUUUUAUAAAUUUUAUAAAUAGGCUUCCUUUGAUUGUUUUUGGUCAUUUUUUUUGUUUCAUUUUGUUAUUUACUACCACUGCUUUUAAUUUUAUAUUGAUUUCUUGUAUGAAGAGAUGCCCUUCUAAGGUGUAAAGCCUUGUGCUAUAUAUACAUUUUUUUCUGUUGUACUAAUGUACAGAAAAAUGUUCAAUAGUGUGAAUGAAUAUAAUCUCAGUGAAAAGCUACUCUUUCAGGCUGCCAAAGCAUGAUAGCAUGGUUUUCUCAAAUGUAAAUGAAUUGGACACACAGACAAAUCAGGUGUCACACAUUUAACAGGAAACAUUGUAUUCUGGUUAUAUUUACUGCUGAUAUUAUUGUUACAAUUUAGCUUACAGUUCUUUUCAUUCCUUGGUUUCUGGUUCUCGUAUAGUCAAAAUGCAUACUUCAACAAAGAGAUAUAAUGGGUUUUAUCUUGCAACAUUUUUUUUUCUCUAUGGAGAUAUGUUUUGGCAUUUGACUUCCUAAAUAACACACACACUGUAAGCAUGCCCUAUGGGACAAAUCACAUUUUUUUACUCUUGAAUAAAAUAUGCAUGAACAAAU